GCGUUCUAGUCAGCGUGCGAGGCCCGCGGCCUUGUGGGCUCCUAGGCGGGCGGCCCGUGUGGAGCGUCGGAGCCUGAACAGCCGGGAAGGAAGCUAUAUGACUUUGGCUUUCAAGAUCCUCUUCCCGAGAAACCUUUGUGCCCUUGGCAGAAAAGAACUGUGCCUGUUCCCACAACAGAAUUACUGGUCUGCCAUAAGACAGUUCAGCCAGUGGUCGGAAACAGAUCCUCUUCGUGGGUGCCGCCUCCUCCAGAGAAAAAAGCCUGUCCUAUCUUUCCAGAGAGGGCAUCUAAGACCACGUGCCACCCACCUUGUUUUCUUCCCAGGGUCGCAUGUGGGACUCUGUACUAGCCCCUGUGAGAUGGCGGAGCAGCGGUUCUGUGUGGACUAUGCCAAGCGGGGUACAGCUGGCUGCAAGAAAUGCAAGGAGAAGAUUGUAAAAGGCGUAUGCCGCAUUGGCAAAGUGGUGCCCAAUCCCUUCUCUGAGUCUGGGGGCGAUAUGAAAGAGUGGUACCAUAUUAAGUGCAUGUUUGAGAAACUGGAGCGGGCGCGGGCUACCACAAAAAAAAUCGAAGAUCUCACAGAGCUGGAAGGCUGGGAAGAGCUGGAAGAUAACGAAAAGGAACAGAUAAGCCAGCACAUUGCAGACCUGUCUUCUAAGGCAGCUGGUACACCAAAGAAGAAAACGGCUGUCCAGGCUAAGCUGACAACCACUGGCCAGGUGACAUCCCCAGCGAAAGGUGCUUCGUUUGUCACCAGUACCAAUCCCCGAAAAUUUUCUGGGUUUUCAGCAGCCAAAGCCAACAACUCUGAGCAAGGCCCCUCAAACCCUGCCCCUAAGACAAGUCUGUCUGCAAGUAAAUGUGACCCUAAGCACAAAGACUGUCUACUGCGAGAGUUCCGGAAGCUGUGCGCCAUGGUGGCCGAAAACCCUAGCUACAAUACAAAGACCCAGAUCAUCCAGGACUUUUUGCAGAAAGGCUCUACAGGAGAUGGCUUCCACGGUGAUGUGUACCUAACAGUGAAGCUGUUGCUGCCGGGAGUCAUUAAGAGUGUUUACAACUUGAAUGAUAAGCAGAUUGUGAAACUUUUUAGCCGCAUUUUUAACUGCAACCCAGAUGAGAUGGCCCGGGAUCUGGAACAGGGUGACGUGUCUGAGACGAUCAGAGUCUUCUUUGAGCAGAGCAAGUCUUUCCCCCCAGCCGCCAAGAGCCUCCUCACCAUCCAAGAAGUGGAUGCCUUCCUCUUGCACCUCUCCAAGCUCACCAAAGAGGAUGAGCAGCAGCAAGCCCUGCAGGACAUUGCCUCCAGGUGUACAGCCAAUGACCUUAAGUGCAUCAUCCGGUUGAUCAAACAUGAUCUGAAGAUGAACUCAGGUGCAAAACACGUGUUAGAUGCUCUUGACCCCAAUGCUUAUGAAGCCUUCAAAGCCUCACGCAACCUGCAGGAUGUGGUGGAGCGAGUCCUUCACAAUGAGCAGGAGGUGGAGAAGGACCCAGGUCGGCGACGGGCUCUGAGCGUCCAGGCCUCACUGAUGACUCCUGUGCAGCCCAUGCUGGCUGAAGCCUGCAAGUCCAUCGAGUAUGCAAUGAAGAAGUGUCCCAAUGGCAUGUUCUCUGAGAUCAAGUACGAUGGUGAGCGAGUCCAGGUGCAUAAGAAGGGGGACCACUUCAGCUACUUCAGCCGCAGUCUCAAGCCUGUCCUGCCUCACAAGGUGGCCCACUUUAAGGACUACAUCCCCAGAGCUUUUCCUGGGGGUGAGAGUAUGAUCUUGGACUCCGAGGUGCUCCUGAUUGACAACAACACAGGCAAACCACUGCCGUUUGGGACUCUGGGAGUGCACAAGAAAGCUGCCUUCCAGGAUGCUAAUGUCUGCCUGUUUGUUUUUGAUUGUAUCUACUUUAAUGAUGUCAGCUUGAUGGACAGGCCUCUUUGUGAGCGACGCAAGUUUCUUCAUGACAACAUGGUUGAAAUCCGUAACCGGAUUAUGUUCUCAGAAAUGAAGCAAGUCACAAAAGCCUCAGACCUGGCUGACAUGAUAAACCGGGUGAUCCGAGAGGGCUUAGAAGGGCUGGUGCUGAAGGAUGUGAAGGGUACAUACGAGCCUGGGAAGCGGCACUGGCUAAAAGUUAAGAAAGAUUAUUUGAACGAGGGGGCCAUGGCUGAUACAGCUGAUCUGGUGGUUCUUGGGGCCUUCUAUGGGCAAGGGAGCAAAGGCGGCAUGAUGUCCAUCUUCCUCAUGGGCUGCUAUGAUCCUGACAGCCAGAAAUGGUGCACUGUCACCAAAUGUUCCGGAGGCCAUGAUGAUGCCACACUUGCUCGACUGCAGAAGGAGCUAGACAUGGUGAAGAUCAGCAAGGAUCCCAGCAAGAUACCCAGUUGGCUGAAGAUCAACAAGAUCUACUAUCCUGACUUUAUUGUUCCCGACCCAAAGAAAGCUGCUGUGUGGGAGAUCACGGGAGCAGAAUUCUCCAAAUCUGAGGCUCACACUGCUGAUGGGAUCUCCAUCCGAUUUCCUCGCUGCACCCGAAUUCGGGAUGAUAAGGACUGGAAAUCUGCAACUAACCUCCCUCAACUCAAGGAACUGUACCAGCUGUCCAAAGAAAAGGCAGACUUCACCGUAGUGGCUGGAGAUGAGGGGAGUUCCACUACUGGAGGUAGCAAUGGUGAGAGUGAGGGCACUGCUGGGUCUGCUGUACCCCACAAGGCCCCCAAGACACCUCCCAGUAAGUCCUCUGCCAGUGGCAAGAAGACCGAACAGAAGCUGAAUAACUCCAAUAGCAGAGGUGGCAACAAGGUGAUUCCAAAGCCUUCCUCCAUGAAACCAGGAGACAAGCUGAUCACGAAGUCUUCUCCAGUGAAAGUGGGGGUGAAGAGGAAAGCUGCUGAUGAGACCCAAUGCCCUACAAAGGUGCUGUUGGAUGUCUUCACCGGGGUGCGGCUCUACUUGCCACCUUCCACACCAGACUUCAAGAGGCUCAAACGCUACUUUGUGGCAUUCAACGGGGAUCUGGUACAGGAAUUUGACAUGGCCUCAGCCACACAUGUGCUGGGUAACAGAGAGAACAAUACUGAGGCCCAGCUGGUCUCUCCAGAGUGGAUUUGGUCAUGUAUCCGAAAACGGAGGCUGAUAGCCCCCUGCUAGAACUUUAUUCUUUCUCUUUGGGCCGUCCUCGCCUGCCCACUCUACCACAAGGCUCAGCCUGGAUGGUAGGGGCUUCUUCGCCAAGCAGUGUACCUUCUUAUACCCUCCAACUCUUCAUGGUCCUUUCUGGAUCAGGAGUUAGUUGCUGUGGACACAAGCAAUUCUCUUGCUAGUUUAACUAGAUCUUUCAGAUCUGGGUGCUAGCUUUGUCUUCUUGUUUAAAAAGAAGCCGACCUUAGUUGUUUGAGGUGCUGAUAACCAACCUAGACCCUUAUGCAUGCUAGGCACAGUGUUGUGCCCUUGAACUACAAUUUUAUAAGUGAGAAAUCUUAAGCCAGGCAUGGUAGUGCAUGAGGAGCCAGAAGUCAGAGGAUCAGGAGGAGUUCAAGGCUAGCCUUGGAAAAAAAAAAAAAAAAGCAUCUUCCCCCUCCACCAGUUCCACCUCCGUGACUAAGGAAUGAAAGCUGAGCAGAAUCUACUUCCUUUGUCUGCUCCUUUUUCACUUCCAUGUGCAUCUUAAAAAUUGCAUUUAAACUGUCCUCACACGCUUCCUGUAUGUGGCAAAAUCUUUAUUUUGCCUGGUCCCUUUUGUCAGGAUGAACCCUCAUGUGAAAGAACAAAGUGGUCCCAGCUUGGAGGGAGAGGCUAUAGGAAAGGUGGCCUCCUUGGAGGAUUUGCCUCCUCAAAGUCUGGACUACUCUCAGGAGUACAGAUCCACGGCCAGGAAAAUCUACCCACCCUGCUUUCCACGGCUCACUAGCUCCUGUGCCACCUGUGGCAGAUUGCUUGCAAAGCAAAGAUCAUUUCUGUGUACAGCUGCAGAGAAUCCUGUUUGCAACAGUGGAAAUGUCCUAAGCUAGCCUCAUCUGGUUGUCAAGCUCUUGAAAUGUGGCACUAACACCCUCUAAAAGAACAAUUCAAAUGAUCUCAAGUCACCAGUGACCAUCACACACCUUCUGAGCAUCAAUCAGUUCCCCAAGAGGAAGGGGCAGAGGCACUGCUCCUAAAUCACUAGAUGACUGUAACCUCAGAUGCCUUAUGUAACACAGGCACAGAACCUGGUACAGAUGUUAUGCAGGAGGAGGCCUGGCUUACCACCUUGCAUGAUGAAGUUCAUACUUGGCUCUGGGCUUCUCUAGAUACUAUAGUAGACUGGCUUCCAAGUCUAUGCUGUGCCACCUCUGGAAGAUCAGUGCUCUCCUAUUACCAACUCAGCAGGCUUAUCUGCUAUCUCCUGUCAGCUAGGACACUAUGACCAAACCUCUUAUUCUUUUUUUUUUUUUUGGUUUUUCGAGACAGGGUUUCUCUGUGGCUUUGGAGCCUGUCCUGGAACUCGCUCCGUAGACCAGGCUGGUCUCGAACUCACAGAGAUCCGCCUGCCUCAGCCUCCCGAGUGCUGGGAUUAAAGGCGUGCGCCACCAUCGCCCGGCCUGACCAAACCUCUUAAACACCUGUGUGGGCCUCUAAGAUACAGACAUACUAUCCCAAGUAUUCCUAAUACCCUACUAGGAGGUUGCUUACUGGUCUGGCUUUGCCUUUCACCUACUGUUUAAAAUGUCCAGAGGGAAGACACAAUGUAGAUGCUCUUGACAACUAGGGCAGAGUGGGUACAACUCAGUCUGCCGAGUCAGAUACUUUUUAAUCCGCCCUCAAAUCAAAAGCCGCUUUUUGCUUUGAGUACUUACCUGCAUAGAAUGUCCAACUUCCUUGGACCAAGCAGCUAGGUAGAGCAUUAAAGAUAACUCUUCCCCACCACACAGGGCUGAAAUUUCAGCUCCUUGUCCCUUGAAUGCCUUACUAUGUAUUCACUCCAGUUCACUGGUGUUUGUGUGUUUCUUGCAGUCUGACAUACUUCUCUCUGCAGGGAGAUUAGAUUGUAUGCACACCUUUGUAUCUUUUCCUGUCUCUCCACCCAACCCUAAGCACUAUCACCCUAAACCUCCCUUGCUCUUUUGGCCUUGGUUUACAUAGUGCCGGCUAAUGACAGAGUGGCCAUCCCUGGAUGCUGAACAGGUCAGCCAUUAGCAAGACUUCUCUCUUUAAGAGACAGGGUAGAAUCCUGUCUCGUCCAGUUCAGGAGUGGGUGACACACUCUUCUCCCUUCCCCUCAGACACCUGGUCAGGUAGGCUAGUAUAGGCCUAUGUGUAUUUUGCAGUCUGCUCUUUAGGCUGGGCCAACCUUUGAGCCAUACUUGUCUGUCACAACUGUAUUCACUUAACUGGCUACCUAGCUGUCCUGAGAUCCCAUCCCACUUAGCUCUUGAAGACCCUUUCCCGAUGGGACUGUAAAUAAUUCACAUGGUGCUUCCAUUUGCUCUUGAGAAUCAUCCUUACGCUAGCUCCACUUCUAGUCUGUCCCAUAGUUUCUCCCACACCCUUGCGAUCGUAGGCAAGUCACAACACCAAGCAGGGUACCUUGACCAAGAUCAGGUGGCCCAAACAUUUCCCUAAGUAGAAUGGAGUCUCUGAGGAGCAACAGCUCUAUGAAUCUGGCCUGAUACUUGCCUAUAUUCACUAGUACUUUGGGGCCUCAGGCAUCAUCCCCACACCAGAUAGGACAGAUAUCUGUAUUUAAAAUUUAUUACAAAAUUAUAAAGCAGAGCUCUGUAACAAAAAAUACACAUUGUUUACUUUUUAACAUCCAGGUGAGAAAAUCUUAAUAUAAGCGACUUGGAGCGACACAUUCACAUCCAAGAGAUUUUUUUAACAAAUUUGUACAAUAUAGACCAUUAAUUCCUUUACAGCUUAUUAGUUUAGAACUGGCUAUUCCAACCUACAAACCAGUCAGCUGUCUGUCUUUUAAAACUAAGUCUCGAUUGAAAUCUUGGUGCAAUCACAGCGAAGUCCACAGAAUAGUUGGAAGGAUUAGGUGUUUCCAUGUUAAUUAAGACCAAGGAUCCGUGAUGAACAGAAAGGGGCUCAAGUACUUAAAAAUCAGGUUUUCUACCUGGGGUGAAUAUUAACUGGAAUGGAAUCUUAGAAUUUCAACUUUCAUUUGGUGUAACAAUAAAAAAGUUGUUUGACAUCUG